AUGAGUUCAUCUUCUACUGCUAGACCACCCCACGACACCAUCGGACCACAAUGCAACACCAUCGGACCACCGCACAACACCACUCGACCACCGUCUCUUUUUAUCUUAGAAACACCGUCGACUACCCUUUCUUCCCUAAUUCUUCUUCCCGAUAAAGAGAGAGCAAGAGAGAUGGAGAUAAAGCCGUCAUCGUCACUUGUUCGAAAAUCCAGACUCCAGUAUCCAAAACCUAGCCGACAGAGAUGGCAUCACAAAUAUGACGAAACCUUAACGUACAAAGGCUUGGAGGUGACGAUUACUUGCAGAUCUGAGGCAGUUUUUAGUGAUGAUAUAAGUGAAGGAGAUCGUCGUCUUCUCCAAUCUUCCGUCAGCCGUAAAUUAUGGCGGUGGCCGGAAAUAAUUAUGGUGGCCGGAACAAUGGCGAUCGUGGUGAUAAGUUUGAAACUUGUCUGGUUUCAUCAAUUCACUCACAUGAACUUGAAUUAACCCGAAAAAUAACUUCGAUAGUCCGUUCAAUCGGACAAGAAUUGACCC